AGUUCUACACUCUCUCCAAAACCAUCAACGGCCGGCCUCUUUCCGUCUUCAGGCCGACGACGACGACGUGGUUGUUGACCUAGUAUCUGAAGUUGGGAAAUGCCAUCCCACGAGCAAUCCUUGCCGUUCCUGUCCUCACAUGUCCUAAUUGACGGCGCUUUAAGCCUUGCCCUGGCAUACGCCGCUGUAUGUGCUUUUCAACAGUCCAGGUUUCUCUCCUCCACCCUCCGUCAAAUCCAGAAUAUCCCAACCUUCCGAGUUGCCGACCUUCGUAUUGUGAUCGACAUAGAGAAAUCAGAUGAACCCCUCCUCGUCCUCCGUAACACUGUCGUCGCGAAAUCAGCCGUUGAUGGCGAAUCCUGGAAGAGUCUAAUUCCUCACUCCCUCUUCUCUCAAUUAUCCAGGGCCAAAUCCUUUAUCAUCCCAAAGACACAAACCAGUAUAUGGAAGCGUUUGAGUGGAUGGACUUCAUAUUUGCCUUGGAAUAAACAAUCAACCUCGCCGACAACGAUACCUUUCAUUCUUUUUGAAGGUGAUCAAUGGCCACAAUCUGGUUGUAUCAUUGCAAACUUAGAUGUCUCCAGACAUCCCAUACCUCUCACAACAGUUUAUGAUGAGUUGCAGCCUGCUAAUGCUUCUCCUUAUACACUGCUUCAGGCUUUGUGUGAUCAGAGACACCAUGUUGGUCUGCUUGAUGAAGAGAAAAUUCUUCCAUUAGGAAUGGAAAUGGGACCACUUGGAAUCUCUAGUUUCAAUAAUGGAGUACUUGAAAUAAAGACAUACAUGCAGCUUCCCUAUCUUCUGACUGACGUGACAAAGGAUCAGAUGAUGUCAAAUUUAGCCUUCAGGACAAAGAUGCUAUUUUGGAGUGGGAUUUUUCUCGGUUCAUUCUCCUUUGGUAUUCUUGGAUUUGCUGUUGUGAGGAAAUGGAGCAAAUGGAAAGUGCAGAGGGAACAAAGAAGGUAUCAGCAACCAGGACAUGUUGGCACUGAACCAAGAAGGCAUCAGCAACGAAGGCAUGUUGCUAUUGAACCAAGAAGUGUUGUUAGUAAUGAUGCAACAGCACAGAUUAUGGAGGGAGGUGAGAUGAGUGAUGGUUGGUUUGCUACAUCACAGAUUGCAGUGGAAGAGGAGACGGGUGGAAGUUUGUUUGAGCUACCGAGAAAUGCUGCCAGCAAUGAUGCAUCCCCUUUGACUGUGGGGAAGGAGCCAAUAGAUAAUGCUCCUGACAAAACAUUGUGCUUGAUUUGCUGGACAAAGGAAAGAAACUUUCUAUUCAUCCCGUGUAGGCAUCUGGCUUGUUGUCAACAAUGUGCCAUGGCAAUCGAACAUGAAGUGCCGCGAAGAUGCCCUUAUUGUCGCCAACCAAUUCAACUUUCAUUUAGUGUAUACAUACCUUGAGAAAGAUGAUAUCUCCUUUCAUUGGUGCUCUGGAAAAACCACAGUUGCUUCAAUGAUGUAUAAAAAUAUCUGAAUUUU